AUGAUCAUCUCAAAGGUCCUGGUGGCCAACCGAGGGGAAGUCGCCCUCCGUAUCAUCGGUACCUGUCGCAAGCUGGGUAUUGCCACUGUUGCGGUGUAUUCAGAGGCAGAUGCCGAUGCUCUGCAUGUGGCAGCAGCAGACGAGGCAGUGUUCAUCGGCCCGCCGCCGGCGAUCGACUCGUAUCUGGUGGUCGAUGCUCUCAUCGACGCUGCUCGGGCAACAAGGUGUGAUGCCGUGCAUCCGGGCUAUGGCUUCCUCUCAGAACGAGCCGAGUUUGCACGGGCGGUGGGCGAGGCUGGCCUGGUCUUUAUCGGCCCAUCGCCUGAAGCGAUGGACGCCAUGGGCUCCAAAAUCGGCGCCAAGAAUCUGCUCACCGCCACCGCCGACGGCGUGCCAGUCAUCCCGGGCUACGCAGGUGCUGAUCAGUCAGUCCCAGCCCUUGUGGCUGCCGCUGCAGACAUUGGUACGCCUCUUCUGGUCAAGGCCUCGGCGGGCGGCGGCGGCAAGGGCAUGCGAGUUGUCCGCGAUCUGGCCGAGCUGGAAGGCGCCAUCGCGUCGGCCAAGGCUGAGGCCGCGGCCUCGUUUGGCGAUGACUCUCUGCUGCUGGAACGGUACUUUGACUCUGUGCGCCACGUCGAGUUCCAGGUCUUUGGCGAUGCCCACGGCAACGUGGUCCAUAUGUUUGAGCGCGAGUGUUCGGUCCAGCGACGGCACCAAAAAGUGGUCGAGGAGGCCCCGUCGCCGGCGCUCGGCCCGCGGCUGCGUGCCGUCAUGGGUGCCGCUGCCAUUGCCAUUGCCCGCGCCGUCGCCUACGUCGGUGCAGGCACCGUGGAGUUUAUCGUCGACGCUUCUCCGCCGCACCUCGGAUUUGAGGAUUCCGAGUCGGACGUGCUGCCUCCGUUCUACUUUCUGGAGAUGAACACCCGGCUCCAAGUCGAGCACGCGGUUACCGAAGCCGUAACUGGCCUAGAUUUGGUUGCGCUUCAGAUUGCCGUCGCCCAAGGCGAGGCGCUGCCCUCGCUUCUUGCGCACUGUCCGUGGGCUGUCGACCAGGAGAGCGCGGACAGGUGCGAGCCGCCACCGCUGGGAGCAGCCAUCGAGGUCCGGGUCUACGCCGAGGACCCGCUCAACAACUUUCUCCCGUGCACCGGCCGCGUCGACCUCUUUGUGCCGCCAACCUCGCCGCCGGGCGUCCGCGUCGACGCCGGCAUUGCCACCGGUCACGCCAUCUCGGUCUUCUACGACCCCAUGGUGGCCAAGCUGACGGUGAGUGGUCGCAACCGGAUGGAAGCCAUUCGCGCCAUGCGGACCGCGCUCGCCCACACCGCGGUGCUCGGGGUGACAACCAACAUCGCGUUUCUCGACGCUAUUGUCGGCCACGCGGCCUUUGCCGCUGGCGAAACGCUCACGUCGUUCAUCCCGACCCACACGCCGGCAGCAGCGCUGGUGGCCGCAGACGCGGCAGCGCGCGCGACCGACACCCCGCGCCUUGCCAUUGCCGCAUUGGUGUACGGAUGGGUGGUGCGGGCGCGGGCACGGGCAUCGCCGUCGGCCCCGCGGCCGCACCUUCUCCGCCAUAUCCCCUCCGGCUGGUGUAAUACUGCCCGUACCCGCACCCAGAAGCAGCUGAUUGCUCUGCCCGGCGGUGGCGCUCCGAUUGCAGCGACAUACCGCGCGGUCCACGAGACGGGCGCGUCCGCACCGGCAACGCUGGCGCCGCAGGCGUUUGAGCUCUCGCUCCCGGGGGCCCUGGUCGGCGCCGACGGCGAGCUGGUCUUUGACGUACUGCUCGGCGAGCUCGACGGCGAUUACCGCAUGCGUCUGGCCAUUGACGGUGCAAGCGCGUGGUACACCUGCCACGCGGGCAUUGCGGCUGAUGCACCCGACGCAGAGGGCAUGCGAGUCUUCGUCCACUCGCCGAGCCUCUCGCCGCAGUCCUCGGGAAUGGGAGUCGAGCUCGUUUCCCGGUUUGCCAGCUCCAAGGGCUACGCCAGCACGGGGUCUGGCAGCAGCAGUGGGCGCGAUCUCACCCCGCGGGCGCCCAUGCCAUGCAAGAUCGUCUCUGUCGGCGUGGCACCAGGCGACACCGUAUUUGCCGGAGACACCCUCGUCGUCAUCGAGUCGAUGAAGAUGCAGACCAAGGUGCUUGCCACUGCCGAAGCCGCCAUCGUUGAUGCCGUGCUUGUCAACCCCGGCCAGCUCGUUGCCGCCGGUGACGUCCUGGUCAUCCUUGUCGACGACGAUGAAUAGCAGAUGAUACACCAUGCCAUGCCGCACUUUGGUGGAGCCAAAGCAGCAGAGCCCUUUGCAUGCGCACGCCAGCAGGACAAACACCACGCCCAGCAUGUCGGUCGAGGAAUCUUCGAUUGCUCCAGUGGGAAAAAACAGAUGCCAGCA